CUCGCGAACUUGCCGCGCUCAGCCCGGCCGGCCGGGGGGCGGCGCGGGAAGGCGGGCGCACCGCCCCGGCGGCGGCCGGCUGUGGUCACAGGUGGGCGGCGGCGGGGAGGGCGCGGCGGAGAGCGGAGCCGGGGUCCCCGAGACUCCAGCCGUCGCGCCGGGAGCCCCGCGGAAAAGAGCUCGGGAGACGUGUCCGCGCCUCGGGAGGAGCGGACCCUUCUCCACUCCGCCUCGGCCUCUUCGACUGCAGCCGCACCUCGGCCGCGGCGCGCAGGCGUUGGUGGUUAAUCAGAGAUAGGCAUGCAUGUGUUUACAAGAUGUGAGUUGUGUUCUUCCCACUUUACCUUCUGAGGGCUUCGUAUGCCUCAUGGUGACAGGUGGAAAUCAUGACCCAGAAGGGCAGUAUGAAGCCAGUGAAGAAAAACAAAACGGAAGAACCUGAAUUGGAGCCCCUGUGCUGCUGCGAGUACAUAGAUCGAAAUGGGGAAAAGAACCACGUGGCUGCUUGUUUGUGUGACUGCCAAGAUCUGGAUGAAGGGUGUGAUAGAUGGAUCACGUGUAAGUCUGUGCAGCCUGAGACCUGUGAAAGGAUCAUGGAUACGAUCUCUGACCGCCUCCGGAUUCCUUGGCUUAGGGGAGCCAAGAAAGUUAACCUUAGCAUCCUUCCCCCACUCUUCCUGCUGCCUGUCUUCCUCCGAGUGGCUUCCUGGCAUUUCCUCCUGGGGGUGGUGGUUUUGACCUCCCUCCCUGUGCUGGCUCUGUGGUACUACUACCUCACUCACAGAAGGAAAGAACAGACUCUGUUUUUCCUGAGCCUUGGACUGUUCUCUCUGGGCUACAUGUACUACGUGUUCCUGCAGGAGGUGGUCCCCAAGGGGCGUGUGGGGCCCAGUCAGCUGGCUCUUCUUACCUGCGGGUUAUUUCUCAUACUCUUAGCCUUGUACAGAGCCAAGAAGAAUCCAGGCUACCUCAGAAACCCAGCAAACGAGGGCAGAUGUCCAAGCAGCAGCCAAACUGAAUGCCUGGACAGGAAAGGGCCAGAGAAGACCAAAGGGUUCCCCAGCACAGAUCCAGCGGGCGGUCUCAACAACCGCGCGCCCAAGGAUGAGCCCAAGGGCUGCCCCAGGACAUCGGUUGGAAGCCCCGCCAAGGGGAAGGAAGACUGGUGUGCCAAGUGCCGGCUGGUGCGGCCGGCCCGGGCGUGGCACUGCCGGAUCUGCGGCAUCUGUGUGAGGAGGAUGGAUCAUCACUGUGUCUGGAUAAAUAGCUGUGUCGGAGAAUCAAAUCAUCAGGCAUUUAUACUUGCCCUGUUGACCUUCCUGCUCACCUCGGUGUACGGGAUUGCGCUGACCUUGGACACCAUUUGUACAGAUAGAAGUGUCUUCACAGCUCUCUUCUAUUGCCCUGGAGUUUAUGCACAUUACAGCUCGGCUCUGUGCUUCACCUGCGUGUGGUACUCUGUGAUCAUCACGGGGGGCAUGGCCUACAUCUUCCUGAUCCAGCUGAUCAACAUCAGCUACAACGUGACCGAGAGGGAAGUGCAGCAGGCCCUUCGACAGAAGACGGGGCGCCGGCUGCUCUGCGGGCUCAUCGUGGACACAGGCCAGUACAAUCGGGGCUUUCUGCGGAACUGGCACCAGUUCUCCACUCUGGGCAUGCACCCCUUCCACCACCCUGCUGAGGACAUCGUAUGAAGUGCCUUUGGUACGGCUCCGGGGGUGGGAGGGUGUCUCCUCCCUCUGCUCCUUUGCAUCGCACACUUCGGUACGUGCAGGACGCGCGUGUUUAUCCCCAGUUUCUUAAAGGCGACAUAGGGCCAUGCUCAGGUUUAGGCACUGGACUGGGAAGAAAUUAAUUUUUCUGACUUCACAGUUUAAGAGAUUUUUGUAUCAAAGCAGUAAAAGUAGAGCCAUUCCUUUCCAGUCACCCAGGAUGUGGAUUGCUAAUGCACAAACUGAUAGAAGCAAUUCCCACCCGUUAGUAUGGGAGAAAGAGCUUUGGAUUAGGUUAGUUUCUAGUCCUUCUUUCAAUUCCUAAUAGCCAUGCGACCCUUAGUCAAGGCACUUCCCUGAGUCUCAGGUUCAUCUGUCAAGUGGGGUACUGAUGCCUGCCCUGGCUACCUCACAGAACGGUCUUUGGUGGGGAGGUCACGUGAGGGGCGUGUGAGGGAUGAGGUAUGUAUGUGGAAAGCACUGAAAAACAACUAAAAACUAAAGCACCAGAGAGGUAGGACGUAUUACUAGGAGAAUCCUAAGACUGGAAAAAAUAUUUUAGGUCAGAAUAUUGAAGCCAAUAUUAUUAGAGUAAUCCAUUUUCAGCAUUUCAGGGUGAGAAAAAAAAAAAAAAUCCCCAAAUACCAUGUUGUACAGUAAUGGGAAUUUCUCUUUCUGAAGUAUUAGAUAUUAACUACUCAAAUAGGGUAGAAGAUGACCAGGUGGAUCUACGUUAUCAUCUGAUCUUGAAAGGAGAGUUGAUAAUAAUUACAAGCAUAGUUAUUGCUAGUGUCAUGUACAGUGGUCAUGAGUUUAGGUGAUGAGUUCUUCCAUGGAUCUUAUUUCUUAUGUAUUUAUUCUGUUUGGAUUUACUCUGACUGCAAUAGGCAUCCGUGUUUUUCCCUCUUCCCAUGUGUCUCCCAGUCAGGUGCUAACACACUUGCGACAAUGGCUGGAUGAGAACAGACACUCCUAUGGGGAACAUUUUACUCUCUUUCUGGGUAGGGUAGCUGGUUAAUAUCAAGGGCUUGACUUUUUUGUUCAUGUAAGUAAUUCAGACACUGUCAGUAAUAGCACUAAGUUGCAAAAACCAGCCUUCUGGCGUUCACAUUAUUCUGGCACGAGCUAUCUUUGAGGGGCUGAUUGACGUCUUCCCACUUAACUUGCACGUUACUUCUCAUUCACCUUUCCCGAGGUAAAAGUAUCUCACUAGGAGAGAAGAAACAGGGUAUGUGUGGUUUCCACUAAUUAAUAGAUUACUGUUCUUCCCUAGCUCUUCCUAAAUUGUUUCUUUAAUCAUAUCUCAAAAUGGAAAAUGCAUAAAGGAUUAAAUAUUUAGCGUGGGUCUAUUCUGCCACAGAAUUAAGAUGAGGCAAUUUCCUAUGGGGAAAAUACCCUCCUGAAAUAUUUUGGUUUUGUACCUGUACUUUUUCUGGAACCCCAAAGAAUUCAUGAGCCCUUAAAUUUGCCUUGGCUUAUAGCUUAAUAUAGGGAAAAUAUUGCCAGCUUUUUCAGUCAGUCUUUCUGUGUAUGCUGCUGUAGCAAGAGGUUUAUGAAGGUCGAGAAGAAAUAUUGCUACUUCUACAGCCAACUCUACCCUCUGCACCUGGCACCAUCCCUAGUCCUGCCAUUAAUUGAGGCUGUCCUUAAGACAGGCACCACAUUUUUAUACAAGCUUGUUGCUCUCCCCAGAGAUGGACUGUUGAAUGAACAAUAGGCUCCGUAUUCCACUAGGAUGAGCCCAACAGCAAGUCUGGGGAUGUUAGCAUAGCCUGUGGUUUGUACUGUGAUGCCCUGUCCGUGGCCCAAAAUCAAGCAUCCGUUCAGAAUUAACAUUGGAGCUGGUAUAAAAGAGAGUGAGUAAUAAUGUCAAGGACAGCACAUGUGGCCAGAUUCUGCUUGUAGUCUCUUGAAUACCAGAUGUAUAGCCAACUCUGAUCGUCUGGCAAUUGAUAAUAAAAUUCAUAGAAAUGUUACUGUAGUCAGUAAUCUUGGCCUCUUGCCAGAUCUUUAACAACAAUCAAAAUAUGAUGAGCUGAAGAUGAGGAGCACCCAACAGACCAGAGUCACUUGGGAGAACAAGGACUGAUCAUCAUUGUUAAGACAGCACAUCCCUAACAGGGUUACCUGGAUGGGGCAACUUACUGUUUCCCUCCCUCAGAUAAGGACUCCUUGUGUAUUAUCCUGGCUGAUUGGAAUUAAGGUGCUGUCUGAAGUUGAGAGCUUCGUGAUUGGAAGUUUACAGAAGAAAGCUCAAACCUUUGAAAAGCUCAGCGGUUUUGUGGAGUAAAAGCCUAUGGAAGUAUUUGCACCAAAAGGAGCAGGAACCAGGGGGCUCUCUGUGAGCAGUUUCUGUAGACUCUGGGAUAUCCUUGGUCUGUUCUCCUGCAGCUUCAGGCCUUUUUAUGAUCUGGAACUAUUUCAGGGAUUUUGUCCUUUGAAAGGACAAGGCCUCUGUGAAUGAAUGGGUCCCAGAGAAACAUGUGGUUGGUGGUGGUGGGAAAUGCCCUGCAAACCAGUAACCUGCAGUUUCUUGGCCAUAGGAGCAGGCCCGCCUCAACAUAUUUCAGACAAGUGGGUCUGCCCCUUUCACCGCACAUCCUCAGCCUCUGUUAAGCAUACUGGACAUGGAGUUCAGUAAAUGAUCUACUGUAGCCUGACCACCUACAUUACUGUCAUGUGUACUCUUCCUGGGGAAGAGAAAUGGGUCUGCUUGAAAGAUUUGAGGGAAAAGUAGUUAAGGAUCAGGAUUGCAUGAAAGGAGAAAAUCCUUCAAUAUUUAAAAAUGUUUCUUAUGCUACCCAAAGAGUUAUUUGGUGAUUGUAGCUGGGCGCACCUAAAGUGAACUGGCCAUUGAUAACGCUCCUUUGGUAGGCUUCUCUGAUGCCGCUGAAGUCAAGCCUUAAGUGUGUUUUGGGGACGCUGGGCUGCUUCUCUCACGUCAGCCACCUGUGUGUCUGUUUUUAGGAUCCUGUAAAUCUUCGCUCUCCAAGUACUGGUGAUCUCCUUUGCUGAAUGAAUUAAAUGUUGUCUUCCACUGUACCAUCUGCCUAGCAGAAAGACUGCUACAAACUUUCUCUUAUGCAAUAGUCCUUGGUAUUUCAAAAAUUUUUAGCAAGAGAAAAUUUUCUAUACUAGAAUCUUCCACUGCCAGAAAACACAAUGCUGGUAAGGUUCUCUAUUAUAGUGACUAUCUGCUUAAUAGACUAUUUCCUUUGGGUAGGACAUUAGCUUUUUAUUAUAAAACUCAACUAGUAUAAACAAAAAUAUGACAUCUAGAAGCACAGCUUUAACCAGGAUGUUUGAAAAUUAAUGUUUUGUGAGGUUUAAGGGUCCCGGUAAGUAGGUUUAUAUGACAACUUCAUUUUAGCCAUAUUUUUGUACCCUGCAUUUUAAAAAGGAGCAUUUCCUCAAACAAGCAGUGGGUAAUGGAGUCUUUUGCUUGAGGCACCUGUUUGGAAUCUGGUUUUCUCAUCAGCAGCUUGACAAGUGUGCCAUUUUGUAUUAAACAUUACAGAGGUGAUGCAGGGGAGGAUGAGAGCUAUGCUUCACUUACUGCUGAAUAAAAUUCGCUAUGUUCUUAUGGAUGCUUUUUGUUAUUAAUAUAAAUUUUUUGCAAAAUCAGCUACGUGUAAUCCUGUUUCUAAUGGACAGUUUUCCCCAUUUCAGUUGGUUCUGAGUGUUUCACUGUAGUAUCAGCAGCAGGCCAAAGACUGAAUGGCUUAAUGGAGACAAAUUCCUUAGAGGUUGUGACUAUUUCCGAGUUGGGCUUGUGACUUGCUACUGCUCUAGCCUACCUGAUGGCAACUUUUACUUCUAGAAUAAUCAUACUUUAAAAGCAGAGCUUUAAAACCAGAGCUAGUCUAUUUCUAGUUAUUGAUGCAACCAAAAUCCUCUGUUUCUUCAGGUGGCACCACUGACAAGAUGCCGUGUUACAGAACUCAACUUGUUGUGGUGCUACGGUCUGGGUGAUUUGAUGGUUUGAGUUGUUGGGGCUUCUGAGCCUUUUGAUUUGAUUACAUUUCUGGGUCUGAUAUUAGACUAGAGGAAACCCAGGAAAAUUUAUUUAAUAUUAAAUUUAAAUGUAACUGAUUCAACAACAUUAAAGGGGAUUUCUGAAGCCAACACUGGAGGCUGCAGGCUAAACAUUUUGCACUGUUUUUAUACUUUUAUUCAUAUUCUCUUAUCACCUCAGACUCAGACACAAGGCCUUUUAAACGGAGAUUUAAAAAAAUUACUGCCAUUUAUGUAAAAUAAUGUACUGUGUCCAAGUUGUUUAAAUGGAAAAUAAAGUGCUUUC